CACACACACACGCACACUGGUGGUCACGUGCAUAAGCGCUCAGAGAGGCAGCUCGCACUCAGGAGCAUCAGUAGUGCACGGAACCGAGCAGUGAGAAGGACGUGUCGCGCAGCUUGCGUCCUCUAUCGAAAAGAAGUGGCGCUCAGCAGGAGCGAAAAGACGUCUCACCCCGGAUCGGGAGAAGUAUGCGCGGGUCAUUCCUUCGACUCAGGAACCGACGCCCUCGUCAUGCACUCAGCCGGGGACAACUAAGUCACCAGCAUGAGUCACCGCGGGGGUGAUUCAGUGGCUCGGUGGGGCAAAGUCCACUAAGCUCGCCCACCGGGGUGUCGCCCGUCUGGAAAUAACUAACUAGGAGAGGCUGGAUCCCCACAAGUUGGAUCCCGAGAGCCUGGCCGGGAUGACCAGGGGCGGCGUCCCCGCUCCGUGACGCUCCGGGCUCAGGCCCCCGUCAUGCGUGUCCCCCGCCAACCCGGCGCCCACUCCCUGCGGCUCCUGUCCCUCUUGGUCUACGUGAUGGGGGCGGCCCCCUCGCCGGCGCUGACGGCCGGCUGCCCCGACAGGUGCGUGUGCGAUGACCAGCUGGUGGUCCAGUGCGCCGGGCGAGAGCUGACCCAAUUCCCCGCCGAUCUUCCCCUGGCCACCCGGCAGCUCAUCAUCUCCAACAACCGCAUUGGGGACCUGCCGGCAUUGCAGCUCAACUACCUGUCUGACCUGGUCUACCUGGACUGCAGCAACAACUCCCUCGCGGAGAUCUCAGAGUCCACCUUCGGGAACCUGCACAAGUUGGCCUACCUGGACCUGUCCUUCAACACGUUGCUGCAGAUCGAUGAGCGGACUUUUGGGCCUCUGGGAUCACUGGUCAUGCUGCGCCUGACGGACAACCCGGGUCUCAGGGAGAUCCACGCCGACGCCUUCGCCGAGAACGCGGCAUUGCAAGUCCUGGACGUGAGCCGGAACAACCUGAGCGCCUUCAACGUUAGCGGUCUGAUCGGAUUGCCGUCACUCCGGUCGGUGGGACUCAGCGGGAACCCGUGGAGGUGCGACUGCGACACAGAGGACCUCUGCCUUUGGGUCCAGAUCGAGAACUUCAAAUUCCAAGACGAGGGCCAAACGGUGUGCCAGAGCCCGGCCGAACUGACGGGUCGGCGUUUGGCCGAGCUGGGCAUGCAGCUGCGCGCGGACUGCCACCAGGGUCUGGGCUACUGGGACUACCUCUUCUUCGUGGCCAUCGGCUUCGUCAUCUUCUCAGCGGGCACGGUGUCGGCGUGGGUGAUGGGCGUGCUCAUGGUGUUGUACGAGCGCUACAGCAAACGCAAGAGCGAGGAGCUGGACAGCGACGACGAAGACAGCAGGGGAGGUGGCGGGGGCAAGCAGGGAAACGGAGACGUGCGCAAGACUGGCGUGCAGGUCUGAGGCCGCCGUUGACUCUGAGACCAAAGACUCCCAUCCGUGGAUUUUGGCUGUGCUCGGAAUCACUCUCUACCCGCUGUAUAGUGCUCU